AUGUUGUCUCCGACGGUGAAGCGCAUGGAGCGGGCUCCACCUCCACCAACACCGCCAAAACCAGAACGUGGCUCUUCGGUCGCAAAUGGCCAGGGCACAGUUCCUUCCCAGACGCCCGACGAGGAGCAGGUUGUGAUGACGCCUCUUGGUAAGACAAACACCUCCACGGUGCUGCUGAUCGAGCGCAAGCUGAUCCAGGCUGUUGGUGAACGGACACACGUAGCCGGUGGUGACCAUCGGGGUAUCAUCAUCAACAAGACGGCUGAAGAACAACCGAACCGGCAGCGGGAACCUGCUCAGCUGAGUCUCGAAUUUCGAGUGUUUCUUGUCAGCGCCAACAGUGGCCAACACUCGCAAGAGUCACGCCGCAUCAAGUUCUGGUUCCGAUCGUGGCUUGCCUCUGAAGAUGUACAGGCACAGGUAGCACAGGACUUCUUCCGCGAGCUCGUCAGUCCCAAAGAAUUCCCGAGGGACUACGUCGGGUUCAUCAAGAAGAUCAUGAAGCUAAUGCAAAAGGGGUACAACGAAAUUCAGGCCAUCGAAAUCGAACUCCGGAUACUGGAGCAGACGUCCGCACCACCAUCAAGACCAUCGCGCCCUGGCCACGUGAUCAUUUGCUACGGCAACUGCCACAAACUCGAUACAAACAAUAACGACCGGGCUCAUAAAAACUUCACCGAAGGUGGAGGUGGUGUUGGUGUUGGUGGUGGUGGUGGUAAAGAUGAUUGCCAUAUCGGCCCGGUUGGUAGCAGUAAUGGCAGCAUACACGUUACGCCCAUCAACCAGCGGAGAGAGCAGCAGGACGACGAAGUGUCUUUCGAGGACGAGCAGUUCGAGGUAAUGCCACUGACGCCGGAAAAAAUUCUCGAACUGAUCGAGCAGGCCUAUCCAAAUCCAAUAACACCGGAAGACUUGGCAAAAGACUACGGAUGGGAGGAAGAAGAGGUACUGGCCAUCAUGCUGGUGCUCAAGGAGCGCGGUCUCGUUAAAUCGAUGGAAUACAACUCGUUCACACGCAUUCACCAUGACGACCAGGCCAUCAAAAUCGUCAAGCAAAUGCCAACGAUCGCCUCGAACAAGCAACCGACGAUUGCCAUCAUCACUGCGCAGUACUGCGAGAAACUCGCUGUCGACGCGAUGCUCGAGAACAAGGAGACGUUCGUACGCUACACCACCGUAGGAACUAGUACCGAUAAGCCCACGAACGACACGGAACGGCAUAGGCGGAGAAAGAAUCGGUUUGGUGAAUCAAACGUGUACACCUUGGGUAACAUCGGAGCGCACAGGAUCGUCAGCACAAAGCUGCCGUCGGUUGGUAGCACACGGGAGGCGAUGACAGCAGCCGGUAAUACGACGACCCGACUGCUUGGUACGUUCCAGAAGGUGGACUACGUAUUCAUCGUAGGUGUAGCAGGUGGUAUCCCGCAUUACACCGAUUACCGGCGACACGUUCGGCUUGGAGACGUCGUGAUUGCGGCCUCAGCUCUCGAUCAACAGGCUGGACCAACAGGCAACGCCACCACUCACCAGAAACCCUACUGCUAUGUCUAUAGCGGUGGUCAAAGUGAGGUGAAGCGAUACUACCCAACUGACGACUGUCUGCAGGUGAUCGGACGCACGCUGGUGCAGAACAGUGACGGCAAGAAACCGUGGCUUGAGUACGUCCAGGAAGGCUUGCAGCAGUUGAGCGGACGAGCUGGACAUGCUGAACAUGAUUUCGCCCGACCAGCACCGAACACCGACAAGCUGUAUAUGAACAUCGGCAACAAGAACGUGAUUGAGGUGGCACAUCCGAUCGCCCAACCUGAGGAUGGUGAUGAUACGGAUGCUGUAGGAACUCCACAACAGACGCGCUUACAUGCAGGUCCAAUCGGGUCCGGAUAUGAGCUGGUUCGCUCCGACAGCGCCCGCACAGAGUAUGCUCAAGCGUAUCAGCUGCUCGCGACGGAUGCCGAGAUGAAUUCGGUGUUGGACAGCAUCGUUGGCAACUGCCGGGACAGCUUUAUCCUGGUGAAGGGUGUCGCUGACUACAAGGACGGUACUACAUCACGCAAAUGGCAAAACUACGCAUCUCUCGCAGCUGCUGCCGUCAUGAAGACGAUCGUGUGUGCCAUGGAUGCACCCACCAACGUCUAGUAAGCCGUUAUGGUGCCUUGAACAGACAAAUCCACGAUAGCAGUCAGCACGCAAAACCCCACGUUCACAAAAUCGACCAAAAAAAAACGCGAGUCUAGUAAAGGAAACCAUUUUUGUUUUAGAUAUUUAUAUGUAUAAAGCGCCCUUGCGCCGUAUCACACGUAAGAAGACAGUGAGGUGUUGCUCGUUUUCGGGUUUCGUCGAGGCGAACAGCAGCAGUUCAAAGGAGCGCUUGCGAAAGUUGUGUUGAGCGCUGUGUAUAGCUUACCUUAAAGAACGUUCCUAGCGGAUAGAGAUCCUGCGAGCGUAGGAUAUCGUUCCUGGUGCAACCACCGCGGGCACAUUUGUCGCGAGCGUCGUGUUGUCCGUGUACAAAAACAAAUGCCGGAACCGUCUCGAUGUGUAUUUUAGUUUCACUUCAUACUUUGAUAUAUUUAUUUGUUUCCAAGCAAUGCACCGAGUCGGUUUCGGUACUUGAUGCAAUCGUUGAUAAUGAUGCUACCAACUGUGUAAUAAGAAUGAAGCACGCAACGUUUAUA